AUGGCCGAAUACUUACACCGUUUAAUCAGAGACAACAGUUUGGGGGAGGUGAAGGAAGCUGUGAAAGCAGGAAGCCUGAUAAACCAGUUCUCAGCGGUUGGGCUUACCCCUCUUGCGACAGCGAUUGUGUGUGGGAAUUUGGCUAUUGCACGACAUCUUCUCGAGAAAGGAGCCGACACCGCGCUGGGAUACAAUUCGGAGCUGUGCCUAGACAAGAGUCGCGUUCAGUCUGAUUUGCCCGACAUUUGUCCACCAAUCCAUAUUGCGUCCGCACUCGGAUUGGCGGAUUUUAUCCGGCUACUUGUCGAAUAUGGUGCAGAUGUCAACGAUCCCACCGCAAUUGAAUAUGGCGCUCAGAUGCUUCCUCUGUACUUGUCAACGGGGGAUGCUACCAAAGCGCUGAUUGAGCUUGGCGCAGAUGUCUGUCGUAAGAACGCAACUGGCUUCACGCCAUUACUGCACGCAAUUGCGCGAGAAGACAUUCCAUCUACCAAACUGCUCGUGGAGAACGGCGCCGAUGUCGAAAUCGAAAGAACAACGCGGUAUCGACUCAGGACUGCUGCAGAAGAGGAGCGCCUUGUAGAAGGCUCGUCCUCGCCACUGAUGGUCGCUUGCCAUCAAGGACGACUGAGGUCCACGUCUGCCCAGAUGAUACAGAUACUCGCCGCUGCUGGAGCAAACGUCAAUCGGCGCUAUCAGAUAAAGGACACUGAGAACCAUUUCAGCUUCACUGCUCUCUCUCUCAUCUGCGGCUCCCGAACCCCAGCGCCUGUCUUAAAAGGUGCUUAUGCCAAGAAGGAACAAUACGGCGAAAAAGAAGUGGCAGCAGUUAAAGCGCUUGUUGCUGCUGGCGCGGAUGCCAAUAACCCUCCUGUUAUCGGUUAUUUAUGCAAAGGGGAGUUGCCUUUCUCAGAUUUCAAGUGGCGCCUGGAGGUAAUGCAAACGCUUGUUUAUCAAGGCUUGCAGCUCACUCUAGAGAGAGCUCCCACAGCUCAAUUAAUACUCACAACAUUACCUGCAAAGCAGCCCGAAGGCAGAAGGCAGUUUAAUAUAAUAGAAGAAUUACUAAAGAAAGUGCUUUAUACCUAA